CAUUUUCCUAAUCAGUUUCUCACCAGUACUGUGUUUGUGGUGUGAUACGUGCAAUAUGGAGCAUAUUGUUUUGUUAAGUGAUUAAAUGAGAAUUAAGUGAACUUAUAGAUAUAAAUCAUAAUAAUAGGAGAUUUUUAGUGAAAUCUAAUUGUGUACUUUGUUUUUUGCUACUUUACAAAUACCAUUGUUAUACCCUGUUUAUCACCAUUGGCGGAUGUCCUUGUAGAUUUUAUGAGAUCUGAAGUGGCGGUAAAUUUAAUUUUUUUAAAUGUUACUAACUUAAUAUGUAAAAUCUAGUUACUCGUAACAGUAAUGAUGGAGAAUGUUGAAGAAAGCGUAGUUAAGAGUGAAAAUAAAAAUAAGAUUGUUAAUAUGGAAAACGAGGCGGGAGACAUUUCUGAUACCGAAGCGCCGGAUACAAGUGAACCAUCUGUUUGCGUAUCGCAGGCCCCAGUGGUUGAUGGUGUGAGCUGCGCAAGAGAAAAUGAAGCACUUGGCCCAGGAGGAUCGAAGAAACCAAAGAAAAAAUCUCGUGGCAAGAAGAGUCAUGUCGCAGCAAAGGAUAAUGUUGAAAAGGGUGCUAUAAGAAGAGUUCAUUAUCCGGGGACUAAAUUUAAACAAUUCAGGAAAAGGGCACAAAGUUUUCCUUCUAUCUCAAAGUUUUUUCUUCCAAAUAAAAGGCCGCGUAAAGAAGCUUUCAUUCCACCUACGAAAUUCUUACUUGGCGGAAAUAUUUCCGAUCCGUUAAACUUAAAUAGCCUGCAAGAUGAAGACAUAAACAGAGCAAUGAAUGCGGUUACUCCAGAAUCAUCACCCUUGCCAACACCACCCAGGCACAAAGCCAAAAUAGACGUGAUUAUUCCUCCAAACAUUCGAGAUCCAUUAAAUUUAAUGGAUCCUGUGGACAAUGAUGAGUAUGAGAAAAGGUUGGAGAUGCAACAGAGAAGACCAAGGAAAAGGGCUAGAAUUAGACGCCGAACCACUGAAAAUAUGAUACCAUCUAUAGAGGUGACAGAGGAAAAAGUGGAGAAUAUAAAAGAACCCCCUCCUCCAGAGCCAUCUACAUCAAAGUCUAGAAAAAGAUCAUGCAGUGAUAGUGAUAAUGCUUCACAGAAAGGGAAAGAGGGAAAAAAAUUGAGGCGUAUGGAUUCUUUGGAUAAAAUAGUGAGCCCAGUAGUGCCCCAACCUGGAGCCUGGAUGCGUGCUCGGCCAAACCAGCAUCCUGCACAGCCGGAGCGCCGCACUUCGCCUCACCGCACUAAACCCAAAAGUGAUGACAAAGUGGCUCAGACUUUACCAGUCUUUCAUUCAAAAAAUACGAGAUUUCAGUAUGGGAAUUAUGACAGGUAUUAUGGAUACCGUCACUUGAACGCUAUGAUGGAUAUAAGGCUGCAGGUGUUUGAGAUGCAUAGACAUUUGUUCCAGAAUAAGGAUGUGUUGGACAUUGGAUGUAAUGUUGGUCACAUAUCUAUAGCUGUUGGCCGCACACUUGGCGCUAGAUCCGUUGUUGGCAUUGAUAUAGACCCUCUCCUCAUUGGAAGGGCUAGAAAGAAUUUGAAAGCAUUUAUACCGAUUCCAACAGAAGUGCCAAAGAUUGAGGAAGAGAAGAAAUUGGAAGGUGAUGUGGAAGAAGAAAAAAAGGUUGAUUGUGACCAAUGCAAGGAACUGAAGUGUGAUGGUUGUGUUUCCACUGAACAAAAACAGGAUAAGAGUGAAGAUAGUAAAAAGUCACUGACUGGCAGGAAAAUCAGGAAGCCAAGGAAAAAUAGAAAGGCAGUAAAUAAGCAAGAUCAUGGUCAAUGUUUCUUCCCCAUGUCAAUGUCGGUGUUGUUUGGACCACUUGAUAAUACAUCAGAAGUUGCUCCUCCUGUAUUUCCAUAUAAUAUAACAUUUAAGCAGGGAAACUAUGUUCCCCGUGAGGACAUAAUAGCUUCAGGAAUGGAGAGUCCACAGUUCGACUUGAUUCUAUGUCUGUCGACGACCAAGUGGAUGCAUCUGAACUGGGGAGACGCCGGUUUAAAGCGGGCCUUCCGGCGUAUGUUUGCUGACCUUCGUCCUGGAGGGAAACUAGUGCUCGAAGCACAAAACUGGGCUAGUUAUAAGAAGAAAAAGCGUCUAACGCCAACAAUAUACGAAAACUUCAAUUCAAUAGAGAUGUUCCCCCACAAAUUCCGCGAGUACCUGCUGUCGCCCGAGGUGGGGUUCAGCAAGUGUUGCGUGCUGGGGGUGCCGCAGCACGCGAGCAAGGGCUUCCGCCGGCCCAUACAGCUGUUCGUGAAGGGCGACUUCACGCCUAGCAAGGCGCGCUGGUCGGACGCGCACGCGCCUUCCUCGCACCACCAGCCGGAGGCGGAGCCGCCGCGCCGCACCGUGUACGCGCCCGUCGCUCCCGCCUACCGGCCCAGCGACGACGCGCCCUCCUGCGGCGCCGCCACGCCCUACUCGCCCAACCUCGAUUGCAGCGCCGACGACUCGCCCUUCUACAACCCGCGCAGCGAUACGUACGCGCCCUCAUAUCAGCCGCCGCGGCCUACCGUGUACGCCACCAUCCCGUCGCCGUUGGGCAGCGCCUCGCCCGCAGCCUCGCCGGCCGCAUCGCCCGCACCCCACGCACCCCUCGCACCCCACGCGCCCCACGCCUCGCCCGCACCCCACGCCGACCAGCUGUCUGCGCGGGGCUUCCCCGCCCCCGCCCCCGCCCCCGCCCCCGACCGCCUGCACGACGACUGA